AUGCCAGCUGGGGAUACUAUUGAACAGUCCCUCUCUGAGUCUCAACGUAGAGAGGGCUCAUACGAUAUGAAGUACUACGAAGAUGUAUCGCUAGACGAGAAGAGGGGUAUCCAGCCGCGGCCAGAUGCGCCGACCGACGAAGAGUUGCAGACUCUGAGGAGAGUUUCAGACCAUAUUCCCUUUAAGCUCUUCACUAUCGCCUUUGUCGAGCUGUGCGAGCGCUUCUCGUACUACGGCUCCGUUAUUGUCGUGAUUACCAACUUCAUCCAACAACCUCUCCCAGCUGGUUCCACGACCGGCGCCGCGCCCAACGGCCAACCUGGUGCGCUUGGAAUGGGCCAGCAGGCAUCAACGGGUAUAACGACCUUCAACCAGUUCUGGCAGUACUUCAUGCCCUUAUUCGGCGCCUGGGUCGCCGACAAGUACUGGGGACGGUACAAGACCAUCUGCAUCUCCAUCGCCAUUGAUCUCGUAGGUCACUUGAUUCUCAUAUCUGCCGCCAUCCCACCUGUCAUCACCAAGCCAGCCGGAAACUCGCUAUCGGCACUGCUUGUCGGCAUGAUAACGAUUGGAUUUGCCACGGGAGGUUUCAAACCCAACGUCAGUCCCUUAAUCGCGGAGCAGCUCGAGAUCGACCACUUGACCGUACGGACGCUCCCGACGGGGGAGAAGGUCAUUGUCGAUCCUGCCAUCACCAUCAACAGGGUUUACAACUGGUUCUACAUGUUCAUCAACAUUGGCGCUCUGGUCGGCCAGAUCUCCAUGGUCUACGCCGAGAAGUAUGUCGGUUUCUGGCUGAGCUUCACGCUGCCGACCUGCAUGCUGGCGCUGUGCCCCCUGGUCAUGUGGUGGGGAAAGGGUAGAUAUCGCGAUCAGCCCCCGACGGGCUCGGUUUUGGGACCGGCUCUGCGGACGUUUCUCUUUGCUCAAAAGGGUAGAUGGUCGAUUAACCCUGUUACGACAUGGAGGAACAUGCACGACGGGACCUUCUGGGAGCGGGUCAAGCCUUCGAACUUCUCUGAUGCGACGCGGCCGAAGUGGAUGACCUUUGACGAUGCCUGGGUAGAAGAGCUGCGUCGUGGCUUCGCAGCUUGUGCCGUCUUUUCAUGGUAUCCCAUCUACUGGCUCUCGUACAAUCAAUUCUCGCAAGCCGCCACGAUGCAGCUCAACGGCCUCCCCAACGACAUCCUCUCCAACCUCGACCCCAUAGCCCUCAUCCUCUUCAUCCCGCUCUGCGACCUGGUCCUCUACCCGACCCUCCGCAAGCUCAGGAUCCCCUUCACGCCCAUCAAGAAGAUCGCUUUCGGCUUCUUUACCGGCGCCAUGGCCAUGGUUUGGGCUUGCGUGCUGCAGUACUACAUCUAUAAACGCUCCGCUUGCGGCCAGUUCGCCUCGGGUACUUUACCCAACGGCGACCCCUGCCCUCCCGUCGAUAUCCUCGUCUGGGCCCAGACGGGUGCCUACGUGCUCAUCGCCCUGUCCGAGAUCUUUGCCAGCAUCACAAGCCUCGAGUACGCCUUCAGCAAGGCGCCCAAAAACAUGCGGUCCAUGGUCCAGGCCGUGGCGCUCUUCAUGUCGGCCAUCUCGGCGGCGCUGGGGCAGGCUUUCACGCCUUUGAGCACCGACCCGUACCUGGUGUGGAACUACGGCAUCGUGGCCGUGCUGGCUGGUGUGGCGGGUGUUAUCUUCUGGUUCCAGUUCAGGGAUUUGGAUAAGGAGGAAGAUGCGAUGAACGAGUUGCCCGAGGGUCGUGUUGGGCAGGGUGCCGCUGCUGCUACUGAGAUGUCACGGAUGGACAACAGUGGGAAGAGGGACUGA